CCCUACUCCCGUCGGGAUCUCUGGUACCUAAACCGACAGGGGCCACUACGUCCAAACCCAUGCAUCCGCCUGUCCCAGCCGAACCUGAUAGAUCACCUGAAGCGACCGGGCCUGACACCUGGACAUCCGAAGAAGACUCGGCUGUCCCAGCCCAAUCUCCACAUUAAUCCGGUCAAACCACCAGCCCCUCAAUCUCAAUCGUCAAUAGACUCGCAGGACUCAAACAUCACCGAGAACACUCGAUCAACCACUCCAUUACCUCCCAGCUACUCACCAGCGAGCCAGAGGUCUCGAUACUCCCAGCCAAACCUCCCCACUCUCAUGAUCCCCUAUAACAGCGAUAACUCGAGGUCAAGUGCAUCCCCGGACAGGAGAUACAGAAUGUCCCAGCCAACUCUCAACUCUAGUUUCUCUGGAUUUAAUUUUGUGGGGUCCAAAUUUUCAUACAAUAGUCUACGCACAUCAGGGGAUGUCUCCAUGAGUUAUCAGAUCAAGGAGGACAGACUGUCGACGCCGAAUGUUCACUCGUACCUGGAGGCAGGCAAUUUUGGAAGAAAAUUGAGUGGCCAACAUGUCUCACCCUCCAGGCUACUUUUUGGGCCAACGGCGAAGAGGGAUAGACUGUCUCAACCGACCUUGGUCACUGGGGAUUAUUAUCCAGCAGGUCGAAUUCACCAUCAGCGGUUGUCCUACCCCUGUCUUCACACCUGGAACGAGCGCCCAACGACGCUUCACUCUCCCAUAAAGCAAAAGCGUUUGGGUCCAUCGAAGAUAAAGGUGAGCCAACGAGAUCGUCUCUCCGCCCUGGACUUCGGUUCCAAGUACAAACCAAAGGACACAAAAAUCCGGGACCGUUUUUCGAUCCCAGAGCUGGAGAGUCAGAACGAGUUGAAGUUGAUCGCAGGAACGCCGAAGCAGAGGUUCAGCCUUGACAGCCAGUUAAAUCCCGACGGAACACGAGCCCGACGUCUCUUACCCUCUCCAAUAUCCGAACACCAGACGAAGGACGACAGAACGAUUGCCCCAAGCGAUGGUCUAGAGGGUGUCAUCAUCGCCUCGGCAACACCUCUGCUGCCAUCAUCAGAGAGGCAAUUCCUGGUCCCCAUAUUCCACUCGAAACCUGUGACAGCACCUCCACCAACGCCAGUGGUGUCACGUGAACGAAUGUCAGUUCCUGAGAUAAGGAACUCCAGUCUUAGAAGACUUCUGGAUCCACCAAGUCGCCAGAGGCACAGCAUUUCGACAUUUCGUCAGAGUCUGAUGAGCAUUGAAAAGUGUCCAGAGGGUCUCGAUGCACCAGAGGGUGUGACAAUCACCGAAAUAUCCGAGGAAAAAUCAGAGACGAAGGAGAAGACCAAGAACGUCAUCGUCGAGCCACCGGUCACCGAGGGAGACGAUUCCGAAGUCAAACUCAUGCCUAAACACAUUCAGAAACAUUAUUCCUACACAUACGACACCAAAGAAGAGGCCAAACGAGUGAUUGGGAAGUUGAUGGCUGGAAAACCGAGGAAGAAGUACCUCGAGAGCAACUUCGACGAGAACGAGCAAAUCAUCACGACGGUUAUCGAAACUGAGAUACCAAUGAUCCUGAGCAGUCCCAAGUACAUGAAGAAGACACACGUCUACUCCAGCGAGCCACCAAAGUGGAUGAAGAAGUGCCUGGAGGGGGACAAGAAGAUGGAGGAGACGAUGAGGAUCAAUCAGAAAAAUAAAACUUCACCAGGAAAGAAAACAUCGCCUGGCGCUGCUUCCCCGGGAAAGGUGAAGAAGAGAGAGGGAAAGGAGGAGAAGGAAGUGAGGGAUACUCCUCAGGGCAAAGACACCACGAUUCGAGUAAAAUCGUCCAGGAAUCUUGGGGAAAAUAAGUACGAAGUCGCUGUUAGCUCUAAUAUAUCGGAAACUGAACUUUGUAGACUUUAUGGUAUUGAUUGUGAAUCAGACAGCGAAGAUUCGACUUCUGUUUAAUUCUGUUGUAUUGUGUUGUCUCACGUUUUUCAUUAAUUUUUUGUCGAGUCCUGAAUUUUUUUAUACAGCCGGCUGCAUAAAAAAAAAUAAAAACAAGUGGAGAGUCAAGAUCUGUUUAAAUUAAUUUUAUUCAAUUUUUCUCUCAUCUUUGACAAGUCUGUUACCAAAGAUAUCAAUUUUUUUUAUACAGGUUUAUGUAUUAAAUUAAUUUUGAUAAACAAAUGGAGUCUUGAAACCUGUUGAAAGCCAUUUUAUUGAAUUUCUUAAUUGUUCACGAGUCUAUUGCCAAGAAUAUUAAUUGUUUAUACGCAGUCCAGCGUAUCGAAAGACAUUGAUAAAUAAGUGAAGACUCAA